UUACGUACACUCCAACCUAAAAUUUUAAUGGACAAUUUUGAUAUUGGUGUUCUUAGACGAAAGAUCCAUGAAUUUUAUACUUUCAAAAAAGAAAUACCAACAGUGAAUAAGUUGCUGCAAGUACUUAGAGAAGAGAUUGGAUUCACAGGCAGCCGAGAAAUUCUCAGACAACAUAUAAAAAUGAUUGGUUUUCGAUUCAGAAAAACUAUAAGCAACAGAAAGGUCUGACUAACUGCUUGGCGUGCUCGUUAUCUGCAGACUUUAAAACAUAAUGACGAUACAGAAAAACUACCUGUAGUCUACUUAGAUGAGACCUAUAUUCACUCCGGUCAUACAGCUGGGAAAUGUUGGCAGAAUGAUGAUGAAGAUGGAGUAUUAGAGCCCAUCUCUAAAGGUCAAAGAUUUAUUAUCGUUCAUGCCGGAGGUAAUCAAGGCUUUGUGGAGAAUGCUUGCUUGGUGUUUAAGUCACAAACAAAGAGUGGUGACUACCACGACGACAUGAACCAUACAAAUUUAAAAAAUGGGUUUUAGAAAAGUUGUCCCCCAAUUUGAAGGAGCCCAGUCUAAUUGUGAUGGAUAACGCACCAUAUCACAACACAAGCGUCAACAAACCCCCAAACACAAGCAGUAGGAAAGAUGAAAUCAUCGAGUGGUUAAGAAUAAACAACAUUGAAUAUUCAGAAGAAUAUACAAGACCACAACUCUUAGAACUUGUAAAUAGAAACAAACCCGAACCAGUGUAUGCUGUGGAUGCUAUUUUAAAAGGACUGGGUCACAAGAUAUGUCGUUUGCCACCAUAUCAUUGUGAUCUAAAUCCCAUCGAAAUGAUCUGGGCAUCCAUGAAACGAAAAGUAGCCGAGAUAAAUAUUGGGAGGCCACCAAACCAAAUGCCUGACAUGGUACAAAAUGCAUUCGAUACCAUUUCUGUCGAGGAAUGGCGCAAUCAUUGUGGCCACGUUAAGAAACUGGAAGAAGAGUACCGAAAAAAAGAUGGAUAUUUGGACGAACCAUUUAUCAUAAGGUUAUGCUCUGAUAGCGAGGAAAGCACUGACGACGAUGAUUCUCAGGAUGAAGAUGAUGAAGAAUUUAAUCGCAUGCAACCUCUGGACGUAGUUCUUGCAGAACAUAAUUAUAGUAAACGAAUUUAAUAUA